UCCUAAAAAAAUCAGCUUUUUUCUCCCCUCACUCUGUCCGCCAUUACAAUACCUCCAUAAAUACACCUCCCCACCUCCCCGUUUCCCCCGGACUUUAUCUUCUUCUUCCUCCUCCGCCGAAUGGGUUAACCCGAAGAAACAGAGCAUCUUAAACAACAAACCACAAUGAUCUCUGUUUCCGACCUCUACCAUGUCCUCACGGCUGUCGUCCCUCUCUACGUCGCCAUGAUCCUAGCCUACGGUUCUGUCAAAUGGUGGAAAAUCUUCUCCCCGGACCAAUGCUCCGGCAUCAACCGCUUCGUCGCACUAUUCGCUGUCCCCCUCCUCUCCUUCCACUUCAUUUCCUCCAACAACCCCUUCUCCAUGAACUUCCGAUUCAUCGCCGCCGAUACCCUUCAAAAGCUGAUCGUCCUCGCCGCCCUCGCCGUUUGGUCGCAUCUCUCCUCGAAGGGCUCUCUAGAAUGGGCGAUUACUCUGUUUUCACUCUCGACUCUGCCCAAUACUCUGGUUAUGGGAAUCCCCCUUUUGAAGGGUAUGUACGGCGACUCCACCGGUACUCUCAUGGUCCAAAUCGUUGUUCUUCAGUGCAUCAUUUGGUACACAUUGAUGCUGUUUUUGUUUGAGUACAGGGGAGCUAGAUUGUUGAUUGCAGAGCAGUUUCCUGAUACUGCAGGGGAGAUUGUUUCGUUUAGAGUUGAUUCGGAUAUUUUGUCUUUGGAUGGGAAAGAGCCGCUGCAGACGGAGGCGGAAAUUGGGGAAGAUGGGAAGUUGAGAGUGGUGGUGAGGAAAUCCGCGAGUUCUCGAUCGGAAGUUUUUUCGCGGCGGUCGCAUGGAGGAGGUGGUGGCGGCGGAGCUUCGUUGACGCCUCGGCCGUCGAAUUUGACGAAUGCGGAGAUUUAUUCUCUGCAAUCUUCGAGGAAUCCGACUCCGAGGGGCUCGAGUUUUAAUCAUUCGGAUUUCUUUUUGGGGAAUGCGAGUCCGAGGCAUUCUAAUUAUGGGAACCUUGGGAAUUUUGAUGAGGAAAGUGGUGGAUUCAAAGGGAGGGCGAUGAAUGGUAAUGUUAAUGGGUAUCCGGCGCCGGCGAGCGGUGGGCUUUUUUCUCCGAUGACCGGACCAGCGGUGGCGGCGGCGGCGAAGAAAAGAGUCCAUGGUGGAGAUGGGGGAAAGGAUUUGCAUAUGUUUGUUUGGAGUUCAAGUGCGUCGCCGGUUUCUGAGGGUGGGUUGAACGUUUUCCGGGGUGGGGACUACGACGGCGCCGGCGCCGGCGGGAUGAACCAGAAAGAUUUUGAUGAGUUUGGUCGGGAUGAGUUCAGCUUUGGGAACAAAUCCGCCGUGAACGGCGGAGGACACGACGGUGGGCCAGUGUUAUCCAAGCUUGGAUCCAGCUCCACCGCCGAGCUCCAUCCGAAAUCCGGAGACGACACGGCGGAGUCCAAGCCAACUGCCAUGCCGCCGGCAAGUGUGAUGACAAGGUUGAUUCUGAUCAUGGUUUGGAGGAAACUGAUCAGAAAUCCCAAUACCUAUUCUAGCUUGAUUGGCCUUGCUUGGUCUUUGAUCUCCUUUAGGUGGAACAUUGUAAUGCCAGCAAUCGUUGCUCGAUCCAUCGCUAUUUUAUCCGAUGCCGGGCUCGGGAUGGCAAUGUUUAGUCUCGGGUUGUUCAUGGCAUUGCAGCCUAAGAUCAUUGCCUGUGGAAACACAAUCGCUACAUUUGCAAUGGCGGUUCGGUUCAUCACCGGUCCGGCGGUGAUGGCAGCUGCCUCCAUUGCCGUUGGGCUUAAAGGAGUGCUGCUUCACAUCGCCAUAGUUCAGGCUGCUCUCCCACAAGGGAUAGUCCCUUUCGUAUUUGCCAAGGAAUACAACGUUCAUCCCGACAUAUUAAGCACCGGUGUUAUAUUUGGGAUGCUGAUAGCGCUACCGAUAACGUUGGUUUAUUACAUCUUAUUGGGACUUUGAAGCGGGAAAGUGCGACGAUGGACGAGAAAUUAAAGAAGAUGAGGACUACUAAGCCUUUUUUGUUGUAAUUUUUUGGCCUCUUUUUUGUGCUCUAUUUCUUUUGUUCUUUUAUGGGAAGUAAAUCA